UAUAUAUGUUACUCGUAUAUAUGUUACUCGUACAUCACAGUUAAAUACUAGAAUUACCAAAAAUGGAUUUUACAAGCAGUUUUGAAUACGAGAACUCUUAUGAAGAUGAGAGUGUUGAUGACUUAGAUAUCGAAGAAUAUAGGGUUACUGACAUUGGCGCAAAAUUAUUUAAUAGUAAACAUAAACGUUCAGCAAAAGCGUUCAAAGAAAUAAAGGAAAUGUGCGGAAGACUACAUCUGUAUGAUUCGAUCGUAGCCCGAGCAACAUGUCUAUAUGACAAACUACUAUGUGAGAAUGAGACAUGGGGCAUAAAUGCUAAACUUACAUAUUUGUCUAUAAUAUGCCUAGCAUGUCGAGUGGAAGAUGUGCCGCGUUCCUUUCGUGAAAUAGCUGCCAUCGGUGAUGUAUCGCAUUUUAAACUGGCUGCAGUGUACAAAAAAUUACCUUCUACUUUGAAGGUAAAUGUCAAUACGCCGAAAGCGAUCGAUUUUGUUGAACGUAUGCUUAGUAUGCUAGGUGUACAUAAAAAAUGUUUAACUGAUGCUCGUAAGAUUGCCAAAGCGGCACAGAUGAAGGCGGAGAUUUCAAGCUGUUCCCCCGUUUCCAUUGCAGCGGCAGCAAUUUAUUUGUCAACUAAAAUGCAUGAUGAAAAGCUGACGUAUAAGAAAAUAAGGGAUGUCACAGGCAUAUCAAGCGCAACCAUAACUAGAAUUGUAAAAAUGGAUUGCGCCAGUGUAGAGAACGAAUGUCGUCAGAUAUUCGAACUCUAAACUACACUAACACUUUACAAAACUCAUGCCUAUAUAUAUAUAUAUAUAUAUAUAUAUAUAUCUAGCACACACAAUACAUA